CCAUUUGGAUGCAUCUGUGACCAAGGGAGGAAGAUAAUACAGUAGAACAAAUACCAAACCAAGUCCUGCCUCUUUAGUCAAAGGUAUUAAAGAUGAUAUUUACAAGCCCUUUCCCAAACACCACAGAAUACUACUAUGUGUAUGAUGAAGGCACCUCUCCUUGCAGUGAAGGCAAUGGUUUCGGCAGAUUAAAAACACUGUUUCUUCCAAUCGUUUACUGCCUAGUAUUUGUUGUCUGUCUAGUAGGAAAUGCCUUGGUCGUAUGUGUGCUCUUAACCAGGAAGAAAGUCGCCACCAUGACAGACGUGUGCUUGCUCAACUUGGCGAUCUCUGACCUGCUGUUUGUUGUGCCCCUCCCAUUUCAGGCUCAUUACGCUUCAGAAGAAUGGAUUUUUGGGAAUGCCUUGUGUAAAAUAAUGACUGGCAUUUAUUACAUAGGCUUUUACAGUAGCAUUUUCUUUAUUACCCUCAUGAGCAUAGACAGGUAUAUAGCAAUUGUUCAUGCGGUUUAUGCCAUGAGAGUUCGGACAGCCUCUUGUGGUAUAAUUAUAAGCUUAAUCUUGUGGGUGAUGGCUAGCUUGCCUGCCGUACCCAGUAUGGUGUUUAACCAAGAAGUGGAAAUUGAACAGUCCCUCACAUGCAUCCCCAAAUACCCUCCAGGCCAAGAGACCUGGCGAUUUUUCACUCAGUUUGAAGUCAAUGUCUUGGGCCUUUUGAUCCCGCUCAGCAUCCUCAUAUACUGCUACUCCCACAUCUUGAAAAAUCUGCAGAGAUGCAAAAACCGAAAGAAGAUUAAAGCCAUCAAGAUGAUCUUCAUAAUCGUGGUCAUCUUUUUCCUUUUCUGGGCUCCUUUCAACAUUGUGCUCUUCCUAGACUCUCUGCAGAACUUGCACGUCAUCAGCGACUGUGAGACAAGCAAAAGGCUAGCGCUGGCCCUGCAGCUGACCGAAUCAAUCUCCUUCAUCCACUGCUGCCUCAACCCGGUGAUCUAUGCUUUUGCUGGCGAAAUGUUUAAAACUCAUCUUCAAAAAAUAUUCCAAACUUCCCUCAAACGCAUUUCAAGUGCUACUAGUAGCAAUACUGCAAAUCAUUCUCACUCCCUGCCCAUUCAAGAAUUAGGCUACUCCGAUAGUGACAGAGUUCUGUAA